GCGGCUGAGCGGAACAAAAUGUAAUCAACUCUUCUGACCGUUUUCUCAAUUCUUACAGCUCCGUUUUAGCUCGCAAUUUUACGGUCUUCUCGGCUCUCACCGACCACCAUUCUUGUUGAUCGGAGUUUAGGGUUCUUUUCUUUCUCCUGUACAACAACUGCAUCGAGUUGAUUUUCAAGUUCCUUUUGCUGCCUUCCGAAGAUACUUUGACUUCUUCUGAACGAUCAAAUUCAGAUGUCACCUUACCGCUGCUUCUGCUGAAACAGAGAUGAGAGGAUCCUCCCCAAACAUCGUAGAGCCUCGGCACCGGCCGUCGUCCUCAGCUAAUGAAGAUGCUAAUAAGAGAAGAUCUCAAAGAGUAGAUACUUCAAAGAUGUUGAAAAGGCAUUGCAUGCUCCAUUUCAGGAUAGGAGUAUAAAUUGCAAGCCUACCUGGAAAUUGGUUGUGGUCAUUAUUCUAUUAGGAACUCUAGUCACAAUUUUCCAUCCUCCAGCAAUUUAUAACACCGAUCCUCUGUCAAACUCCAUGGUGAGGCCAACUUUUGUUGACAAAUGGAAAAGAGAAUUUGAUACUACUGAUCAACGCUAUGCUUCUCUUCUAAAUGUUGAAUGGGGCCAAAUAUCAAAAGUUCUUGUAAAAUUGACAGAUGUGAACACAUAUCAGGGAGUUGGUUUAUUAAACUUCAAUGAAAGUGAAAUUGACCACUGGAAACAGCUAAUACCAGAAGCUGAGCACCUAGUUCUGCAUCUGAACUAUGCCUCGAGUAACAUUACAUGGGAAGUCCUGUACCCUGAAUGGAUAGAUGAAGAAGAAGAAUUUGAGGUUCCUGUUUGUCCUACGCUGCCAAAAAUUCAAGUACCUGGAAAACCAAGGCUUGAUCUUGUUGCUGUCAAGCUUCCCUGUAACAAGUUAGGGAGAUGGUCAAGAGAUGUGGCUCGUUUGCACCUGCAGCUUGAGGCAGCAAGACUUGCAGCCUCUUCCAAAGGGCAUCAUCCAGUGCGUGUGCUUUUUGUCACUGACUGCUUCCCUACCCCAAAUCUCUUUACUUGCAAAGAGCUCAUUCAACGUGAAGGUAAUGCAUGGCUUUAUGAACCUAACCUGCAUAUGCUGAGAGCUAAGCUGCAGCUGCCAGUUGGAUCGUGUGAACUAUCAGUUCCUCUUACGGCUAAAGAAAACUUCUACUCGGAGAGAGCACACCGAGAAGCUUAUGCAACCAUUCUGCAUUCUGCACAUCUAUAUGUUUGUGGAGCUAUUGUUGCCGCUCAAAGUAUUCGCAUGGCUGGUUCAACAAGAGAUCUUGUGAUUUUAGUAGAUGAGACAAUUAGUGACUAUCAUAGGGGGGGUCUGGAGGCUGCUGGAUGGAAGAUAUAUACUAUCAAAAGAAUUAGGAACCCGAAAGCUGAGCCAGAGGCAUAUAAUGAGUGGAAUUAUAGCAAAUUCCGCCUUUGGCAGCUAACUGAGUAUGACAAAAUUAUUUUCAUAGAUGCUGACCUGCUUAUACUGAGAAAUAUCGAUUUCCUCUUUGAGAUGCCUGAGAUAUCAGCCAUAGGAAAUAAUGCCACCCUUUUCAACUCAGGAGUAAUGGUAAUUGAACCAUCACAUUGUACGUUUCAGUUGCUAAUGGAUCACAUUAAUGAGAUUGUCUCCUACAAUGGGGGGGACCAGGGGUAUCUGAAUGAAAUAUUCACAUGGUGGCAUCGGAUUCCAAAACGCAUGAACUUUUUGAAGCACUUCUGGGAAGGUGAUGAAGAGGAGAAAAAAGAGAUGAAAACUCGCCUCUUCGGAGCUGAUCCUCCAAUUCUUUAUGUCCUCCAUUAUCUGGGUAAUAAACCCUGGCUUUGCUUCCGAGAUUAUGACUGCAACUGGAAUGUGGACAUUCUGCGGGAGUUUGCCAGUGAUGUGGCUCAUGCGACAUGGUGGAAGGUGCAUGAUGCCAUGCCAGAGAAGUUGCAGAAGUUCUGUUUGCUGAGGUCCAAGCAGAAGGCACAAUUAGAGUGGGAUCGUAGACAAGCAGAGAAAGGGAACUAUACUGAUGGUCACUGGAAAAUUAAGAUAAAAGACAAGCGUUUAAAAACAUGCUUUGAGGAUUUCUGCUUCUGGGAGAGCAUGUUAUGGCACUGGGGCGAAAAGAAUUGGACAGAUAACUCUACAGGUACAAAUUCACCACCCGCCAUCACUACCAAAACUCUCUCUUCUUCAUAGAUUUGUUAUUUUUCAUGCUUCCAUAGUCCUCGUAACUUAUACAUAAUUGCAACUUGCAAAAUUUUCCCUCUUGUGCUGCUCUGUAACUAGGUCAACCAUAAAUUGUAUUUACUCAGCAAAGUUUUCUCCGUUCUUUUAAAUUGAGUUACGUCAGUUUUUUUAUGGAUAUUUCUUAAACUGUGCGGGCUAUGUAGCUUCGAAACAUAAUUUCUUGUUUAUUCCCGUGGGUUUUAGUUUAUACCAUUUUCAGGUUUGGAUUGGCA